GGGGCAAGCACAGCAGGGCGUGCCGGAAACCCGGGAGACGGCGCGAGGAGCUCCGCCCUCCUGGGUGGGUCCUAGGCGGUGGGCGGGGAAAUGGGCGUGGUUAGCGGCCGCGGGAACCCUAGGCCUGCCCCUCUCCUUACCCCUCCACUUCUCGCCAUGGCCCCUGCGCUGUUCCUGGUACCUGCUGCCCUCGCUUCUUUCAUCCUUGCCUUUGGCACCGGAGUGGAGUUCGUGCGCUUUACCUCCCUUCGGCCACUUCUUGGAGGGGUCCCGGAGUCUGGUCCCGAUGUGCGCCAGGGAUGGUUGGCGGCCCUGCAAGAUCCCAGCAUCCUUGCCCCCCUGGCUUGGGAUCUGGGGCUCCUGCUACUAUUUGUAGGCCAACACAGUCUCAUGGCAACUGACACAGUAAAGGCAUUGUCAUCCCGGUAUUUUGGGGUCCUUCAGAGGUCACUGUAUGUGACAUGCACAGCCCUGGCAUUGCAGCCUCUCAUCCUUCUCCAGCUAUUGAUGCGGUAUUGGGAACCCGUACCCAGAGGUCCUGUGCUGUGGGAGGCUAGAUCUGAGCCAUGGGCCACCUGGGUGCCCCUCCUCUGCUUUGUGCUCCACAUCAUUUCCUGGCUCCUCAUCUUCAGUAUACUUCUCGUCUUUGACUAUGCUGAGCUCAUGGGCCUCAAACAGGUGUACUACCAUGUUCUGGGGCUGGGAGAGCCGCUUGCCCUGAAAUCCCCACGGGCUCUGAGGCUCUUCUCCCAUCUGCGCCACCCAGUGUGUGUGGAGCUGCUGACAGUGCUGUGGGUGGUGCCUACUCUGAGCACUGAUCGCUUCCUUCUGGCUCUCCUCCUCACCCUCUACCUGGGCCUGGCUCAUGGGCUUGACCAGCAUGACCUCCGCUACCUGCGUGCCCAACUACAAAGAAAACUUCACCUGCUCUCCCGGCCUCAGGAUGGGGAUGCUGAGUGA